AUAAAAAUGGCCAGCACCAAUCAGCGGACCAGUCAGUCCGUGUCUACCGCGCACCUUCACCAAACAUGGAAACGGUACAGCUCUUCAAGGCGAUGGGUCACCGCGUAGCGAAACUACCCCCAGCACAACAGCUCGAAAUCAUCGACACCGUACGGCAGAUGAUAGACGCAUCGCAGAAGCUGAACCGCAGCGCCGCACUCGCCCACGCCGACUUUCAACGUCCCGCACACUACAACCUAACGAAAAGCGUCUCCCAGUCGGCGGCGUCCCCACUCAACACUGCUUCACCGCCAAUGGCGACGGCAUCGCUCGUGUCCUCCCCAUCUUACGUACUAGUAGCACAAUACCAGAAGUCCUGGCGCACAGUGUGUCUCGAUUCGAGGACUUCUGAAGCAUAGACAAGAGCUAGUCAAUCCGAUAGGAGAACAA